AAUCUGCAUGGGUUUUCUAUUAUAAAUCUCAUUUUUAAACCCUAGCUUCAGUUUUAAGCUCCCUUCUUCGGCAGAAGCUUCGACGGCGUCCCCACUCCAGGCGCGGCAAUGGGUAUUGAUUUGAUCGCAGGAGGUAAGAGCAAGAAGACCAAAAGGACAGCACCGAAGUCCGAUGAUGUCUACCUCAAGCUUCUUGUUAAGCUUUACCGGUUUCUGGUGAGGAGAACUGGAAGCAACUUCAAUGCGGUGAUACUGAAGAGGCUUUUCAUGAGCAAAGUCAACAAAGCUCCUCUUUCUCUCUCUAGGCUCGUCAGAUUCAUGCAGGGCAAGGAAGACCAGAUUGGUGUAAUAGUUGGAACUGUGACUGAUGACGUAAGAGUUUACGAGGUUCCUGCAUUGAAGGUUACGGCUUUGAGGUUUACAGAGACAGCCAGAGCUCGUAUCGAGAAGGCUGGUGGGGAGUGCUUAACCUUUGAUCAGCUUGCACUCAGAGCUCCUUUAGGUCAAAAUACGGUUCUUCUUAGAGGACCGAAGAACGCUCGUGAAGCGGUGAAGCACUUUGGUCCAGCACCUGGUGUGCCUCACAGCCAUACAAAGCCGUAUGUUCGGUCCAAGGGAAGGAAGUUUGAGAGAGCCAGAGGAAGGAGAAAGAGCCGUGGAUUCAAAGUUUAGGGCAUUGUCCGCUCUUGAUCUUGAUAUAAGAUUGUCGUUCUUCCCUGAUUGUUUCCGAAUCCAAAUUUUGUUAGAAAACUCGUUGUGGUCUUAAUCCUGUUUCAGACAUUGAUGAUGUUUGCUCA